AUGACACACAACGUCCUCUUAAUCGGCGGCCACGGCAAGGUUGCUCAGCUUCUCACGCCCCUUCUGUUAGCGAAAUCAUGUAAUGUGACAAGCAUGAUUCGUACCGCUUCACAGCAACCCGCCAUUGAGAAGCUGGGUCAGGGCCAGCCAGGCAAGCUGAGUGUGCUUGUCAGCAGCGUUGCAGAUGUCCAGGAUGAGAAAGAAGCAAAGACUAUAUUAGACCAGGUGAAGCCUGAUUGGGUUGUGUGGAGUGCUGGCGCUGGAGGGAAAGGCGGCGCAGAAAUGACCUUCGCGAUCGACCGCGACGCAGCCAUUGCCUUUACAAAAGCCAGCAUUCAUACACCUUCUGUCAAAAAGUUUCUCAAUGUUUCUUACCUUUCCUCCCGCCGAGGCCGCGCACCCUGGUGGAGCGACGAGGACUGGGAUUCUGCACAAAAAGUCAAUAACGAGAUCCUACCGAACUAUUAUAAAGCCAAAGUUGCAGCUGAUGAGGUUCUUACCGUCCUAUCCAAUGAUCGUUUAGCAAAAGAAGAAAAGGAGGGCGUGCCAGCUAACGAGCGCUUCUGCGGUAUCAGUUUGAGGCCUGGUACGUUGACUGAGGAGCCAGCUGGUAAGGUAAAGAUGGGCAGAAUUGGAGUUGGAGAAAAGGUCAGUCGUGCGACGGUUGCCGAGGUGAUAGUCAGAGCCCUGGAAAAAGACGGUUUGAAGGGAUGGCUUGAUUUUGUUGAUGGAACAGACGAGAUUGAUGGGGCGCUCGAAAAGUUUGUCAAAGAGAAGCAGGACAGUGUUGAGGGUGAAGAUUUAGGAGAGAUGAGGGCAAGGGUUGAGAAGGUUUAA